CUUUCGUUAAUUAAACUAUUAUUAUUUUCGCAUAUGCUGGUGAAUUGCGAGACUGAAAGAGCAGGAGAAAAAAGAAGAAAUGGAUUUGGAGUCGGUGAAGAGAUACCUGGAGAAAGGCGAAGAUGACAAGAACCGAUCAACCGUUGAAGGAUUGCCUCUCAGAUACUUCGAACGCUUCGUAAUGCAAGGCAUUCACGUCGACCUCAUUGAACCAGGCCGUCUUGUAUGCUCCAUGAAAGUCCCUCCUCGCCUGCUGAAUGCCGGCAAUUUCUUGCAUGGUGGAGCCACGGCGACGCUAGUUGACUUGUUGGGUUCAGCUGUAAUUUACACUGUUGGAGCUCAAUUUACCGGAGUUUCGGUGGAAAUCAACGUUUCAUACUUGGACGCUGCUUAUGUCGAUGAAGAAAUUGAGAUUGAGUCGAGGGUUCUUCGAGUUGGUAAAGCUGUUGGAGUCGUCAGUGUUGAGCUGAGGAAGAAAAAAAGUGGGAAAAUUAUUGCUCAAGGCCGACACACUAAGUACCUUGCUGUUUCUAGCAAAAUGUAAAUGGCCUGCUACACUGUAGCUGCCUCAUAAUGGAAUCCUCGUAUCUAUGCAUUUAUGUAAUUACUAUAUUGGAACCAACAAUGCAUUUGCAAACAUAUGCAAAUAAUAUAUUACAUUUUAUGUAA